GGCGGCUGUGAGCGUCGGAGGAGCCGCCCUGCCGGGAAGGCCCGAAAAGAAUCGGGGACACAAAAUGGCGGCGUCGGCGGCCGGGGCUGCUGGGUCGGUGCCUCCUGCGCUGGCGGCCUGCUCUUCCGGCUCGGGGGGAGCAGCCCCAGGGUCUCAGGGGGUGCUGAUCGGCGACAGGCUGUAUUCGGGCGUGCUCAUCACCUUGGAGAACUGCUUGCUGCCCGACGACAAGCUCCGCUUCACGCCAUCCAUGUCGAGCGGUCUGGACAUCGACACCGAGACUGGCCUCCGCGUGGUGGGCUGCGAGCUCAUCCAGGCAGCCGGCAUCCUGCUCCGCCUACCGCAGGUGGCCAUGGCGACAGGGCAGGUGUUGUUCCAGCGGUUCUUUUACACUAAGUCUUUCGUGAAACAUUCCAUGGAGCAUGUGUCCAUGGCUUGUGUUCACCUGGCUUCCAAAAUAGAAGAGGCUCCAAGACGAAUCAGGGAUGUCAUCAAUGUAUUCCAUCGCCUUCGGCAUCUGAGAGAAAAAAAGAAACCUGUGCCUCUAGUGCUGGAUCAAGAGUAUGUUAAUUUAAAGAACCAGAUUAUAAAGGCAGAAAGGCGGGUUCUUAAGGAACUGGGCUUCUGUGUCCAUGUGAAGCACCCUCACAAGAUAAUCGUUAUGUACCUUCAGGUGUUAGAGUGUGAGCGUAACCAGCACCUGGUCCAGACUGCAUGGGUAGCCUCUGAGGGUAAGUGACUAAGACUUCUCCUCUGCUGUCCAAGCGCUUUGGUGCAGGGCCAGCGGCCGUCUUCAGCCAACCCAGUGCAGGCUCUCCACCGAAGGCUCUAGACUGGUGGUAUGCGCACCCAAUAGUAUAGUCAUGGCCCACUGCUGCUUGUGGUUCUCUGACGAUCGUGCUCCUUGUUAAUCCUGUCGUACUUGGUAAUUGUAUCAAUUAGAGCGGAUAACUGUCUUGAAUUUUGUUCUUUUAAAACUGCUGUACCUGUGCAAUAAAGAUGCAGUACCUUUAAGAAAAAAAGUUUAGAAAGCUGUAAGAACUGAAGUGACAAAAUGGCAUGGUGGGAAUUCAGACUGUUACUGGAUCCUGUCAUUAUUUCUCUCAAGCCCUGAAGUUGCUCUUUCAGCAGCUUAAUUGGGACUCAUUCCAGGAAAGGUGUGCAUCUUUAAAUUAAACUAUUGUAACUUAUAUUAAAUGUAGCAUUAAGUUUAAAUAUACCUUUAAAGGACUUCACUUGUUUUUAGAAUUUAAAGUUAAUGGAUUAAUAUAUUUCAAUACUAGGCCUCUCUUAUUAGUGAUAAAGUUAUUGUUGGAUAUAUUUGUGAAUGUUUAAAUGUUUAGCAACACUUUGGCUCCUGGGAGAUGGGUAGUUUUGGUACCAUUCUGACUCUCCUUCUGAUGUGUAGAGCUUUGCUUCCUGGGCCAGCUGCCUCUUAUAGGCAUCUGUAGAAUUUAUUGUUUAGAAUGUCAGAGUGGGUUUGAAUGUUACCUUCUCCAAGGUUUUAUAGCAAAAUUACUGGGUGGAGGCAGUUAAAUUUCUCAUACAUGUUACAGCCUGACAUUAGGGUAUGCUGUAUCAUUGGAUAUGUUGGGCAGUGUAUAUAUAACCUGUUGGCGUGUUUUCUCAUGAAUGCUUUUUGCAAUGUUGAUAAAGCCAGUAUACUCUUUGGUUGUAGUCUAUAAAUUUUAAAGAAAUAUAUAAAGAAAAUGUUGAAGAUGAAACAAAUUUUAAAAGACCUUUAAUUUUUCUAAAAGUGUAAAGUUUUGUACUUACAUAUUUUCUGGAAUAUUAUAGCAUUUUUAAGUGUACUUAGUUUGAUGCCACUUUUAGAGUUUUGUUGCUUUUGUCUGAUUUUUAUGAAUGUUCAUUUUAAGACUCCUUGUUGAAAUGGGACAGUUUGGAUUUGGAAACGUUCUUUGAUAAGCCCAAGAAGAGGAUUCCCUUGGGUGUUGGCCUCCUCUGCAUGAUGUGCCCAUGCAUCCGAACCGCACCCAAGGGCCUUUCUCUUUCCCAAGUGGACUCCCUCCCUGGAGCUGCAGCUCACUCGUCUGGAGAAGGACCAGGCCACAAAUGCUGCCUGAAGAAAAGGAGCACAGGAGGACAGCUUUUCUUACAGUUGCGAGGCUUCAUGCUCAGCCUUCUCAUUUGAGUUUGCAUGUUUCUCUGCACUAUGGAUUUUGAACAUUUAGAUUUCUUAAGUCAAUUACAUUUUAACUACUACGUAGCAUUUUCUUUCCAAGCAUUGUGCUUUGCAUGAUAGGUCAAACAUAGAAGGAAAAGUAAAGUUAAAGUUGGUUCUCGU